GAGCAGGCAAGAUGGCGGCCGGGAACCAGAGGGAUGCGGCGUGACUGCGAUCCUAUAGGGUCACCCAUUCAGAGGUGAUUUCCAGCACAACUUGAAGGAGUUACAUUGCACUAAAACCUGCAAACAGCCCAAGAUCCGAAGACUGGAUCCCGACCAAGCCUGACAAUGGCGAUCACGUUGUUUGACAAUGAUGAGUACAGGCCUCCUGUGUGGAAAUCUUACUUGUAUCAGCUGCAGCAAGAAGCUCCUCACCCCCGAAGAAUUACCUGCACACGUGAGGUGGAAAACAGACCAAAGUAUUAUGGACGAGAGUUUUUUGGUAUGAUUUCAAGGGAAGAAACCGACCAAUUACUGAGCGUUGCAGAAGGCAGUUACCUAAUUCGUGAAAGUCAGCGACAACCUGGAACAUAUACCUUAGCUUUGAGAUUUGGAAACCAGACCAGAAACUUCAGGCUCUACUAUGACGGGAAACAUUUUGUGGGAGAGAAGAGGUUUGAAUCCAUCCAUGACCUUGUGACUGAUGGCUUGAUCACUCUGUACAUUGAGACGAAAGCAGCCGAGUACAUCGCCAAGAUGACAAUAAAUCCAAUUUACGAACAUAUAGGCUACACCACGUUAAACAGAGAGCCGACGCAUAAGAAACAAAUGCCGGCUGUGAAAGAAGAGCAGGGCGAGAGGGAGUCUUCAGGGGAAGACUCUCUAGUAGAGAAGAGGCUAACGUCUCUCGUAAGAAGAGCGACACUUAAGGAAAACGAACAGGUUCCCAAGUAUGAGAAAGUCCACAACUUCAAGGUACACACAUUCAGGGGUCCUCAUUGGUGUGAAUACUGUGCCAACUUCAUGUGGGGGCUGAUUGCUCAGGGAGUGAAAUGUGCAGAUUGUGGUUUGAAUGUUCACAAGCAAUGUUCUAAGAUGGUUCCAAAUGACUGCAAGCCGGACUUGAAGCACGUCAAGAAAGUUUACAGCUGUGACCUCACUACAUUGGUUAAAGCCCACAACUCAAAAAGGCCGAUGGUAGUGGACAUGUGUAUAAGAGAAAUCGAGUCUAGAGGGUUGAAUUCAGAAGGAUUGUACAGAAUAUCAGGUUUUACUGAUCUCAUUGAAGAUGCCAAAAUGGCCUUUGACAGAGAUGGAGAGAAGGCUGAUAUAUCUGUAAAUGUCUAUGAAGACAUUAACAUUAUAACUGGUGCACUGAAACUCUACUUCAGGGAAUUACCAAUCCCACUGAUAACCUAUGACGCUUACCCCAAGUUCCUCGAGUCUGCAAAGGCUGUGGACCCGGAUGCACAGUUAGAAGCUCUUCAUGAAGCUUUGAAGCUGCUACCUCCUGCACACUGUGAAACGCUGCGGUAUCUCAUGGCCCAUCUGAAGAGGGUGACUCUUCACGAGAAGGACAACUUAAUGAACGCCGAGAACCUUGGCAUAGUGUUUGGACCAACUCUAAUGCGGGCGCCUGAGCUCGAUGCCAUGGCAGCACUAAACGACAUCCGUUAUCAGAGACUUGUGGUGGAAAUGCUCAUCAAGAAUGAGGACAUUUUAUUUUGAAGAGGGGAAAUUACCCAAGCAGUAUUCCGGAAGAUGAAGGGUUGUUUUUACAGCAAGGAAAUGCACACCCCUACAGCAUACCGUUACAGUGUACUCGUCACCUGUGUGUAGUGGGGCAACCGUAUAUUGGUCUCUGUUAGUAGUCAGGAAACCAUCUGUCAGUGUAGAAAUCAGUGACCUUAAUGAGGCAUGAAGCACCUUCUAGAGGUUGCCAUCUUGUAGACAAUAUGUAGUAGAUCUCCUCCUCCCGGUUCCCUAAAAAAAAAGAAAUAUCACAGAAGCAUGGGGAACUGGAGGUUGAAUGUCUUACGGGCUGAAGAAUUUAUAAGCAUGCAGCCUGUCUGAGCUAGUCACAUCACUGAGGCAUGAGGCACUUUUGGCCUCCACUUUAUCAAGGCUUUUAAGGGUACACUUUACUAGUGCUUUUUAUGUACACAGGACAGAAGAUAAGGCCUUUUUUAUAUUGUUUUAGCUGUGGCAAUCAAUGCUGUUGUGAAGGCAGUAAUGUCUGCUCUUUGCCAUUAACGCUCCGUGUUUACAGUGGAACAGAAAUUGUAAAUGGCUGCAUGUAUGUCUCCGUUUUUGUCGGAGCUCUCCUUAAAGAGAUAUCUUCUAGCUAAACGGGUCGUGACUGUAAAUCCGCAUGUUUGUCCCCUGGUGUGACAUUAUUGUGAUUCUCUCUCUUUUAUGUUCAGCAUAAUCCUAUUAGGACAAUGGGUUUGUGAAGCAGUUAUCUUAAGGACAUUUGUAUCAUACGGUUUUCUUUUCCCUUUGAUCUUUUUUUUCUUUUUGCAUAAUGCGGCAGGUUCCUUUAUUUUAUUUUUUAUUUUAUUUUUUUGAACGAAGAGCUUGAGUUUUUACAGUGUUUACUGACCAGUUUGUGUGGUGGCGGCUGUUCAGGCUGCAGUGUUUCAUUUUUUUAAUGUAUUUUUGUAUUUUUCAUCUGGCAUGCACCUAUUAAUUUAUUAAACCUAGGUUUUAGAAAA